GAGCCUAAAAUUGUGCGACGAGACCAACCCACGCGGGCUCCAUCUACUCCAUACCCGUGUGCUGUGGCCCUUUUGGUGCGAAUUUUGGUUCGCAAACCCUAGUCGGCGACGGGUGCUGCUGCGGCGGCGGAGGUGGUGGCGGAGCAUCAGGAAACAGUGAUGUCUCUUGCAACAAUUUGCAAGCGAGUGGGUCUCAAAGAUUUAGUUUCAAAUGUUCCAAUCUAUAGCAGUACGACUGAGUCAUCUGGAGGACUCGGCUUGAUUUUUAAGCGUUGGGCUACAGAAAAGACGGCAGGAUCCACGAAAAAUGGCCGCGACUCUAACCCUAAAUAUUUGGGUGUUAAGAAGUUUGGUGGAGAGGCCCAAGUUGGACAAUCUGCAAUGAUAUUGCGAAAUCAUUUGCAAACACACAGUCCUCGCCCCGGGUCUUCGAAGUUUAAAGAUGAUGAGGAGCGUGAACAGCUCGCCAAGGAGAUUGCCAAAGAUUGGAGUGCUGUUUUUGAACGGAGCAUAAACACAUUGUUUCUGACUGAAAUGGUCCGCGGCUUGAUGCUGACAUUGAAAUACUUCUUUGAGAGGAAAGUUACCAUAAAUUAUCCCUUCGAAAAGGGCCCCUUGAGCCCUCGCUUUCGUGGAGAGCAUGCUCUAAGACGUUAUCCAACUGGGGAGGAGCGGUGCAUUGCUUGUAAACUUUGUGAAGCUGUAUGCCCAGCACAGGCCAUCACAAUUGAAGCAGAAGAACGUGAAGAUGGUAGUCGUCGAACUACUAGGUAUGACAUCGACAUGACCAAGUGCAUCUACUGUGGGUAUUGUCAGGAGGCGUGCCCAGUCGAUGCAAUUGUUGAAGGCCCUAAUUUCGAAUUUGCCACUGAGACCCAUGAGGAGUUGUUGUAUGACAAGGAGAAGCUAUUAGAGAAUGGCGAUAGGUGGGAAACAGAGAUUGCUGAGAAUCUGAGAUCCGAGAGCCUCUAUCGUUGAUCUGAUACCUCUCGAACGAACUCAGUUUACCCCUUUGGGCUUUUGUUAUCUUAGUUCUCCAUUAAAUAAGCGUUGUUUCUGUAAUUGGCCACAUUAUGGUUGUUGCGCCAAACACAAGCUUUUGUUCUGGAGAUGUAUAAGAAAACUUUUGUAUUUUGUAUUUUGUAUUUUUAUUUUAUUUUAUUUUAUUUUUUCCUGUUAAGCCGAAUUUGCUUGCUUGGAUUCAAAGAAGACUGAAUUUCAAAUCAGAAGAAGUUGCUCACUAUUUAAAUGGAGCUCAA